AACGGAGGCGUGGCCAUGGUGGCUGGGCGUGGCCUUGCAGGGCGGGCAGAUAAGAGGCUGCAGGCGGCGGCGCGGCAGGCGUGGUUGGGAGCACUUCGCCUAGGCGGGUUGGGCUCUCAGACCUCUGGGAGGGCGCCCGCUUGGCUUGAGGUACCCGGUCCCUGCUCCCUGCCCUCAGUGAGCUACCUCACGGGCGCCAUCAUGACAGGCAGCCUCUGUGUCCCGGUGCUCCUGGCCGCCUGGCUCGCGGCGGCAGCGGCCGAGGGCCUCGAGCAGGCCGCACUGCCGGCGGCGGAAAGCCGGGUGCAGCCCAUGACCGCCUCCAACUGGACGCUGGUGAUGGAAGGCGAGUGGAUGCUGAAAUUUUAUGCCCCCUGGUGUCCAUCUUGCCAGCAGACUGAUUCUGAAUGGGAGACUUUUGCAAAGAAUGGAGAAACACUUCAGAUCAGUGUGGGAAAGGUGGAUGUCAUUCAAGAACCAGGUUUGAGCGGCCGCUUCUUUGUCACCACUCUCCCAGCCUUUUUUCAUGCAAAAGAUGGGAUAUUCCGCCGUUACCGUGGCCCAGGAAUCUAUGAAGACUUACAGAAUUACAUCUUAGAGAAAAAAUGGCAAUCAGUUGAGCCUCUUACUGGCUGGAAAUCACCAGCUUCUCUAACGAUGUCUGGAAUGGCUGGUCUUUUCAGCAUCUCUGGCAAGAUUUGGCACCUUCACAACUAUUUCACAGUGACUCUUGGAAUUCCUGCAUGGUGUUCUUAUGUCUUUUUCGUCAUUGCUACUUUGGUGUUUGGCUUGUUCAUGGGUCUGGUCCUGGUGGUAAUCUCAGAAUGCUUCUAUGUGCCACUUCCAAGAAUUUCAUCUGAACGCUCUGAGCAGGAUCAGAGGCCGGAGGAUGUUCAUGGAGCUGAGCAGCUGCAGGAUGCAGAAGAGGAAAAGGAUGACUCAAAUGAAGAAGAAAACAAAGACAGUCUUGUGGAUGAUGAGGAAGAGAAAGAGGACCUUGUAGAUGAGGAUGAAGUUGAGGAAUAUGAGGAAGAGGACAACCUGGCAGGCAUCAUGGAUGAGGAAAGAAGUGACGCCAAUGACCAAGAAGUACUACAGGAAGGCAGUGUGUCCCAGAAGGAACGUGAACCUGAUGAAGCUCAUUCAGUGGAUACACAGGAGGUGGUGGAAGACUCACUGAGGCAGCGCAAGAGUCAGCAUGCAAACAAGGAACCAUAGAUUUCAUGAUGCCAUUUCUAAAAAUAUAGGCAAGAAAAAUAAGUCCGCUUCCCUCUGGUCUGCAGUUUAAGCCAAAUCCUUAGUUUGUAUUUAGUUUUUAAUUUUUUUUUCCAUGAAUGAACAGUGUUUACUCUUAAAAGAUGAUCUCUGGUCCUGUGGUCACAUGGUAGUAAGUCUCUGUGUCCUAAAGAGAGUCAGGGACAGCACUCAGCCACCAUGGUGUAAGGAUCUUUGCAGGGAUUUAGGUGAAGAACAAGUUGAUAUACUUGGGGGCCAAAAAAUCAACCAGAGGACUCCUCUCCAGUCCUCCAUAGCACCUUUAGAAACGAGGCUGCUGGCCUAAAUAAAAUGAGAGCAAAACUACAUUGGUCCUGAACACCCUGGAAGUACAGGAAGAAUCUCAAUGGUUAAGCAUUGUUUUUGUCAUGUAAAAAACAUUGGGUACUAUGGCCCCCCAAACACUCUCUUGGAGCCAGAAAUUCUAGAGACCUGGGUAUAGAUACAACUUGAGAAAGAUGCUGGUGAGUCAUCUGAGCUCUCUUGGUCUCUGUUUUAUUUUCUCCAUUUAAUUUCUGUGGCUUCUUCACUGUGGGACUGAAGAUUACCACAUGUUUCAUAACUGCUCUGUAGUGAGAGCAGCAGGUAGCAGGAUCCAUUACUCUCAUUUGACUUAAAGCUGUAGGUAAUCAGUAACCACUGCUGAUGAGGCUUGGACUGCCAAGUAUCUCAAAAGCAUGCAAUCUUUGGAAAUUCAAAAGGUAGUAGGGGUUUUAUAGGGCCGGUACAGACAAACAACUGGUUUUGGUCAGCCUGUAAUACUUCCAGGAUAACUUCUUCAAGAGUUCCUUUAGCCACAUUCUUUGUUUUUCUGAACCCCAAAGUGUGCUGGCUUCAGGUCUGUGUUGUUUAGUUUCCACCUCAAGGGGUUCCUGCCUCAAGAACCACUUUAAUAAUAACUGAGAAACAUGUCUACUUUUCUUUUAGUGAUGUGCUUUUGGUAAAAAAAAAAUUUACAAAAGUCAAUUUCAAGAGAUGAAAGAUUUGAUUUUGUUUUUGUCUUCCUUAAUCCUCUAGAGAAUUGUAUCAUUAUCUCUACCUACUCAAGCUGGUAUCAGUAUCAAGCAAUCCCAGGAUCUUAAAAAAAAAAAAUCUCUCCAACUCUUCUCUUACCCUUUCAGGCCUUAGAAUAAAUUCAUAAAGUCAACUAGGUAUAUGAAAUAUGCCCAAAGUCAAUCUUCUAUGUAACCCUUGGAUUGAGUCAGAAUAAUGAGUCUGUCUUGUUUUAAAAAGGUUAUGCAGUUUUCUCUGUAUUAGCUGCCAACAGGAGGUUCACUGGUGAUGGGGUUCAGAAUCUGCCCCCCUGUACUGCAUGAUGCUGCUACAAACCUUGCACAAAGGAAGAUUUUCUUGUGACAAUCCAUUCUUUAUAAAUGUUUUUAUUUCAUCUUUGUAACGUAGUUAACUGUUAACUCAAGGCUGAGGCCAUCAUAGAACAAAGGAAAAGGUGACCUUCCUGCCCUUCCAUGUUCCUGUUCUCUGACACAUCUUUACUCAAAAGACCCAUGGUUCUGUGGUGGCCUUUGUCUUCCUGUUAGAGCUAAGAUGUUCCUUCUCUCCUGCCAGUGGAUUUCUUCUCUUGUUAUAGUAACCGAGGUCAGUCUAGUGGGAAAGGGAAGACUCCGUGUCUCUGUUCUGAGUAGUUCCGCUCCUGCAAACUGAAGUACUGGACUUUAAUGGGAUGUUUAACUAGAGGGAAGGCUUGAGAAUUAGUCUGCCUUGGCUUUUAGAAAUGUUUCAAAGCCAGUUUCCAAUUAGAUCAAACAGUACUUAAUAAUAAGUGAGAUUAUACAUUUCCUUUCUUAAAAAUACUUAAAAUAAGUAGGAAGGUAGGAGAAAAAAGUCAUAAAGAAGAAGGUCCAGUCCAGUAAAAUUAUAUUUAUCUGUAGGAAUUAUUUUUCCUAGCCUUUCCUUUUUUUAACAUCUUGGCAAAAAAUUGGGUUACUAGUAAAUAGUCCAGUAAGUACUUACUAAUUUAAUUUCUUUCCACUUGAAGCCUUUAGGUUUAUUUUCAAUACUUAUUUGAUAUAAAAUUAAAGGAGAAAAGUCAACUUAAAAUUAGAUCAUCAUUUAAUAUGCUUU